AACAUUAAGACGCCUUCCUUCUCGAAAGAAAGUCUCUUUAUAAAGCAAUUUCCUAAACGUUGCUUCUACCCCCGCUUCUUUUAACCGAAGCUACGCCUUUAAGAAUUAAAUUGCGACCCACGCCCCUUUAAGAAUUAAAUUGAAACCCCGCCCCUUCCUUCUUGUUAGUUUGCUGCUGAAGCUGGUGCGGAAAGCGGUGCAGGAGUGCAAUGGCGAUGAUUUUGGGCUACUGGGAUAUUCGAGGGCUUGCUCAUGCCAUCAGGUUACUACUGGAGUACACAGAAACACCCUAUGAAGAUAAAUUAUACAGCUGUGGAGAAGCGCCUGACUAUGAAAAGAGUCAGUGGAUCAAUGAAAAGGAAAAGCUGGGCCUGGACUUUCCAAAUCUUCCCUACCUAAUUGAUGGCAAGACCAAGCUUACACAGAGUAAUGCCAUCCUCCGGUACAUUGCACGCAAGCAUAAGAUGUGUGGAGAAACUGAGGAGGAGAUUCAUAGAAUGGACAUGCUGGAGAACCAGGUGAUGGAUUUCCGCAUGAGUCUCGUGAUGGUCUGCUACAAUCCUGAUUUUGAGAAACUGAAGCCUGGGUAUUUGGAGCAACUUCCAGGGAAGCUGAAAUUGUUCUCCCAGUUCCUGGGAGACAGAAAAUGGUUUGCUGGGGAGAAGAUCACGUUUGUGGACUUCCUCAUGUAUGAUGUACUUGAUCAAAACCGCAUGUUUGAACCCAAGUGCCUGGAUCAGUUCAAGAAUCUUCAGGAUUUUCUCACUCGUUUUGAGGCCCUGGAGAAGAUUGCUGCCUAUAUGCGCUCCAGCCGCUUCAUGAAGACUCCUAUUAACAACAAGAUGGCUAAGUGGGGCAACAAGAAAGAGUAGUAUAUGGAAGAACAGCUCUUUAGUGCCACUGGAAUGCAGAUUCUCCUUUUUGGGGGGCCUUAGCUGGAAUUGGAUGGGUAGACAGACAGCAACGUUCCAGUGUCAUUACUCCCCACCCCCACCCCCCCUUUGUAGGAUGAUGAAUAAAGUUUUUUCUUUGGCUUAAAGGCUAUAGUGUCCCAUACAGAAUGCUGGAAUUGUGGUAAUUUUGAAUCACAUGCCUUGUUGGCAGACUGAUCUCAUGAGUGCUGCCUGACUGAGUGGUAUUGUGAACAUGUCUUAUCCACUUGUGCAAGACAAGAAUCUUCAUGUUGGAUGCUGGUCUCUUGUUAAUUUGAGAGCUGAUUUAGUAGUCUAAUGAAGAGCGUUUUCUUAAAGUUUCCUUGACAGCUAACAAAUGACAUUAAGUGUUUUAUUCUUCUGAAUACACAGUUCAGCAAUAAAAACUAAUUUUUUGUUGAGUGUUAAA